AUGCUUACUUCUGGCGUUGUCUUGGCCGUGGGCCUGCUUGCCGGCCUCCUCACUAGGCAUGGCGCCGAGGCUUCAGACCCAACUCCCGCGCAGCCAUCGGAUCCAACCUCCAACGGGACGGAUUCAACCAACGGGACGGCGAGGUACAAUAUUGUCUUCAUCAUGACAGACGACCAAGACAAAAGGCUGUACUCGACGGACUACCAGUCUGCCCUGCAGCGGGAGAUCGUCGCCAAGGGCACUAACUUCACAAACCACUAUACCACACAAGCGCUUUGCUGCCCGGCGAGGUCGUCACUCUUGCGGGGACAGCAGAUACAUAAUACCAACAUCACCAAUGUCGUGAAACCUGGUGGCGCGUACAACAAGUGGGUUCUUUCAGAACAAGAUCAGAAUUAUCUCCCACAUUGGAUGAAGAAAGCUGGGUAUAGGAAUGAGUGUAAGUCUCGUGGUUGGGAUCAUGUUGAUGCUUUGUGUGAGCCAUACAUAGACGACUACAACGUGCCUAUAUGGUCUGCAAACGGUGACACUCCAGUUUACUAUCCUGGAUGGCAUCAGACCGAUGUCCACCGCCUUAAAGUGCUUGAUCGACUGGACAAUCUCACCAGCCAGUCGGACCCUUGGUUCCUUACUAUAACUCCCUUCACACCACAUGUUGCCUACGAGCAGGGCAAUCCAUCAAGCAGACCCAUCCCUCUGCAGAGGCAUAUGGAGCAGUUUCUGAACGCGACAGCACCGCAAACGCCUAAUUUCAACCCGGCUGCAGAGUACCAAGAUGGCAAGUCGGGGUGGGUGCAAUACCUCAAGCCUAUGAACGACUCUGCUAUUGGAUUUGCCGACUUUGUCUAUCAAUCUCGUCUCCAAGCUUUGCAGGGUGUCGACGAGAUCAUUGAGGACGUCAUUACGAAGCUGGACGAUGCGGGUGUCCUCGAUAACACUUAUAUCAUCUACACGUCGGACAACGGCUAUCAUCUCGGCCAACACAGAGUCCCAGGAGGAAAAUCACUCUUCUACAAUGAAGACACCAACAUUCCAUUUAUUGUGCGCGGGCCAGAUGUCCCCGAGGGCGUCGUAUCCACUUUGCCCAGCCUUCAUCUCGACCUCGCGCCGACGUUCCUUACGAUCGCCGGCCUGCCUGAGGAAGACUGGCCUCCAUUUUUUGACGGCCGCAGCCUUCUCGACCAGUGGCAGAGCCCUGAGGUCAACAACGCCACCGACGCCGGCAAGGGCAACUCACGAGAAAGUCUCAACAUCGAGUACUGGGGUCUUGUGGGCAUCGAGGCCCCCUCCGCCACUCAGCUUGGCGGAAGUUUCUACAAUAACACGUACAAGACGAUCCGUAUCGUCGGCGACGAGCAGAACUGGGCGUACGCAGUCUGGUGCAACGGCCAGACGGAGCUGUACAACAUCUCCGCCGACCCUUAUGAGCUGACGAACCUGGCCCGGGGCGACAAUAUCAGCACCGUGCACCAGAGCGUCAUCAACCGGCUCAACGCGCUCCUGAUGGUGACCAAGUCGUGCGAGCAGGACCGCUGUCGCGACCCCUGGGCGCAGCUGGUGCCGGAUAACGACACCACUCUGUACUCGCUCGUGCAGGCCAUGGAUUCAACCUAUGACACUUUCUUUGAUGACUUCGAGAAGGUCCAGUUCGACACAUGCAUGGAGUACCAGUGGGCGCCGAAUGAGACGCCUUUCUUCCCAGCCUUGGAUACUCUGGAUGCCGGCGGUCUGGGCAGGGCAUAUCGUGCCGAGACGAUCGACAUCCCUGAUUCCCCAGGGUUGAGAGUGAUUCAGACCCCAAAUUACUACGGCACGGCGGAACAAAGGAAUGCCACCUUUACGGAGUUGGAGGCAUCGGCUCGGUACAUGACGGCGCAGGAAAUUGCUGAAACAAUUGCAUGA